AUGCCAUCAAGUAAACCAGUCACGCUUGCACUCGAGUUACUGCCUAAUCUAUUGAGUCUGAAUGUACCACUGGAUAAAAAGAAAUGCUCAGAAUUGCUAAACUACCGACACUCGAUACUGCAUCCUAGGAGAAUAGAAGAAUACCUCUGUUGGAACCCCAACAAAGAAAUAAUCAACCUAUUAGAAGAAAUAAACUCAGAUGAAGCGCUUGAUAGAACACCAAAAGGGUUUAAGUAUGAAGAAGACGGUCAAUACGUUAAAUUCAGUCUGAAUGAUACUUUAUACAUUGUUCUGAAGGAGGAAGGCGAAAAUGAUUGGAAAUACCAUGAUUUAGAGAUUAUAGAUAAUAAUACACUUAUAAGGAAUGGUCAAGGCGGCUGGUACGUCAGUCAAGAUGUUGCUUUGGACGCAUUCAUUCUCAAAGCUGAGCAAUUGAUACGGGAGGCGAACGAUAAGACGAAGGUGACGGAGAAUGAGCAAGAAAACAACGCUAAUCAGGAUUUCUGGGCGGACUUCUCAGAUGAUAGCGACUUGGAAGGCGUUAAUCCAGCUCGAUUGAGUCUCCAGCCACCCACUUCGCAAGCUCUACAACAGCAGGAAGAUGCAUUCUUUGAGAGACAAGCUACAGAACACAUGAACAGCCUUGAUAAUGGCGCAGAUAAGCAAAUCAGCGUUGUAGAUAGCUCGACGAAGGCUGCCAUAAAAGGUGUUUAUGAGUUAUACAAGCAGGGAAAGAGAGCAGAAUGUAAAGAAGGAGAUAUAGAUAACAAAACAACAGAUGAGGAAUCCUUUUUAGAACUUGUAUUACAAUCGCUCAACGCUUAA